AUGGCGCCGGCCGCGCCGCUGCUCGUAGUACUCCUCGUCGCCGCAGAGGCCUUCGCCUAUGCGGACACUGAUGGCUACGGCAGGUACUCCCGCCUCUUCGCGUUCGGCAACUCGCUCACUGACACGGGGAACUCGGCCAUCUUCCCGGUGACUGCCGGAGGACCUUUCACCCGGCUCCCUUACGGGGAGACGUACUUUGGUCAUCCCAGCGGCCGGGCUUCCAACGGCAGGCUCAUCCUCGACUUCCUCGUGGAGGAGCUGAAGGUGCCAGAGCCGACGCCGUACCUCGCCGGCAGGACGGCCGCCGACUUUGUCAACGGGGCCAACUUCGCGCUGGGUGGUGCAACGGCGCUCGACCAGGCGUUCUUAGCAACCAAGGGGAUAAAGCCGUUCGUGCCCAUCUCUCUGGCUAAUGAGACGAGCUGGUUUCAGAACGUUCUGCAGCUACUCGACGCAUCAGACUACGAUCAGCGUAAGAUCAUGGCAAAGUCGGUCUUCUACGUCGGCGAGAUCGGUGUCAAUGACUACUUCGUCGCCCUAAGCAACAACUCCGUCGACCUGGCGGUGAGCCUGGUGCCACACAUCAUCGACACCAUCCGUUCGGCCCUGACAGCCAUGAUCGCUGCCGGGGCGAGGACGUUGGUGGUCACGGGGAUGCUGCCAAUCGGCUGCGAGCCGCAGCAGCUGGCGCUGUUCCCAGGCGGUCCGGGCGACUACGACCCUACCACCAGCUGCAUCACGCGGUUCAACGUGCUCGCCGAGCACCACAACCACAUGCUGCGGAUGAUGCUCAGGGAGCUCCGGAGCAGCUACGGCAGGUCCCUCACCCUCCUCUACGCCGACGUCUACCGCCCCGUGCUCAAGGCCAUCGCGUCCCCCGCCCUGUACGGUUUCGGCGACACGCCGCUGGCCGCGUGCUGCGGGGGCGGCGGUGGACCCAACAACUUCAACUUCGUCGCGUUCUGCGGCACGCCGGCGUCGACGACGUGCGCCGACCCGUCCAAGUUCGUCUCCUGGGACGGCAUCCACUUCACCGAGGCUGCCAAUAGGUUCAUCGCUCGUAACAUGAUCAAGGGACUGCUAAGCCGUGCGGCGGCGUACAUUGCAACAGAUUGA